GGGCUACUCUAUGAAAACAAUGGCAACUUUCAACUUCAAUGAUUUGUUUGUGUUGAAUACGUGACAAAACAGCUUCCCACAAAAAUUAAAAUAGUAAAGUUAAAUUAAGAGUGUAACAAAACACUUAUCAAAAUGGGAGUACCAGCGUUUUUCCGCUGGCUCAGUCGAAAAUACUCAAGCGUAAUAGUGGAAUGCAUUGAAGAAAGGCCAACCGAUGUCGAUGGUGAAUUAAUACACAUAGAUUCAUCUCUGCCAAAUCCAAAUGGAGUAGAGUUUGAUAACUUGUAUUUGGAUAUGAACGGCAUCAUCCACCCGUGUACACAUCCGGAAGAUAAACCCGCGCCUAAAGAUGAGGAUGAGAUGAUGGUGGCUAUUUUUGAGUGCAUCGAUCGUUUAUUUCGUAUUGUAAGGCCCAGGAAACUGUUGUACAUGGCAAUUGAUGGAGUGGCCCCAAGAGCUAAGAUGAACCAGCAAAGAUCAAGACGAUUCAGGGCGUCUAAGGAGAUUCAGGAGAAAAUAGAGGAGGUUGCACGAGUUCGGUCAGAGCUCCUGGCCAAAGGAGCAUACUUGCCUCCGGAGAAGCCUAAAGAGGCACACUUUGACUCAAAUUGUAUCACUCCUGGUACACCAUUUAUGGACAGACUAAGCAAGUGCUUACAUUAUUACAUACAUGACAGAUUAAACAAUGACCCUGGUUGGAAGAGUAUUAAGGUGAUCCUGUCGGAUGCCAAUGUUCCAGGAGAAGGAGAGCAUAAGAUCAUGGAUUAUAUUAGGCGGCAGAGGGCUCAACCCGACCAUGAUCCCAAUACACAACAUGUGUUAUGUGGUGCCGAUGCUGAUCUUAUAAUGUUGGGACUGGCAACACAUGAGCCCAACUUCACGAUCAUAAGAGAAGAGUUCAAGCCUAACAAACCUCGCCCUUGUGAUGUCUGUGGACAGCUUGGACACGAGAUGAAGGAGUGUACUGGUACUACGCCGGAUGCAUCAGUGGUUCGUUCAGAUCCAGCAUUUGGGGCCCAAGAUAACUUCAUCUUUGUUAGGUUGAGUGUGCUGCGGGAGUAUUUAGAAAAGGAACUCCAAAUGCCAAACCUACCAUUUCCAUACGAUUUUGAGCGGGCUUUGGAUGAUUGGGUGUUCAUGUGCUUCUUCGUGGGUAAUGACUUCCUGCCGCAUUUACCCAGUCUGGAGAUACGAGAGGGUGCGGUGGAUCGAUUAGUCAACUUGUAUAAGAAGUGCGUUUAUAAGACUAAAGGCUGGGUGACGGACAGUGGUGACGUGAACCUGGAGCGCGUGCAGGUGAUAAUGGAUGAGCUGGGUCGCGUGGAGGACGAGAUCUUCAAGCGGCGGCAUAACAACGAGCUGGUGUUCCGCGCGCGGGACAAGGCCCGCAAGAAGCAGCAGCAGGUUAACUUCAAGCUGCUCGAGAAGACUCAGUUCGCGCCCAUGUCUGUUAGUGCUGCUGCUAGGCCGGUGCAGAACGCGCGCCAGGAGGCUGCCAAUAUCCGUAUCGCCGGCAUGAAUGCUACUGCUGAGGAUGAUGGUUCGGAGCGUCGCGGACGCAAGCGAUCUGCGGCAGAGGCGGAAGGUGGUGAGGACUCAGAGGGCGUGGAGGACGAGGACAAGCACGAUGAGGUUCGCCUGUGGGAGGACGGCUUCAAGGAACGCUACUACGAGAGCAAGUUCGAAGUAUCCAGGGAUAACAUGGAGUUCAGAUACCGUGUGGCGCUGCAGUACGUGCGCGGGCUGUGCUGGGUGCUGCGUUACUACUACCAGGGCUGCGCGAGCUGGAAGUGGUACUUCCCCUACCAUUACGCGCCCUUCGCCUCAGACUUCGUCAACAUAUGCGGACUCUCCACUAAGUUUGAAAAGGGCACGCAACCGUUCCGUCCCCUGGAGCAGCUGAUGGGCGUGUUCCCCGCUGCUAGCUCCUCCCACGUGCCGCAGCCCUGGGCCAAACUCAUGAGCGACCCUUUUUCGCCUAUAAUAGACUUCUAUCCAACGGACUUCAAGAUAGACUUGAACGGCAAGAAGUUUGCAUGGCAGGGUGUCGCGCUGCUGCCCUUUGUGGAUGAGAAUCGGCUCUUCAAGGCACUCGAGCCAUACUACAAGGAACUCUCGCAGGCUGAAAUCCAGCGCAAUAUCCGCGGACACGACCGGCUGUAUGUGUCCCCCGCACACCCGAGCUACGGCGUGCUGGUGGCGCUCUACGAGGCGGGGGGUGCGGGGGGUCGGCCGCGCCCGCCGCACCCCCCGCGCGCUCAGGACGACACCCGCCACCCCUACUGCAGCCAGGGGGUGCGCGGUGACGUCUUACUCAGCAGCGACAAUGUCACCGUUGGCGGUCAGCUGCCGUCCCCAGUGGUGGGUCUGUCUCCAGUACUGGGUAACCGCGUGGUGUGUGUGAGGUUCGAAGACCCGCAGUACCCCGACGAUUUCAUCUUCCCCGCGCGCCGUCUGAAGGGCGCCACCGAGCCCCCCAGAAUCCUCAAACCUGGAGACCUCAGCGAUCAGCAGAACAGGAACUGGAGACCGCAGAUUGGUAUGGUGAGAUCGCAUACAGUGGCUAACCUCGAGAUGGCAGGUCACAGGAUGCUGGGGCACCAGUUGCAGCGCGACCGCAACUACGCCUCCGUGCCUCCGCCACAGCAUCAACACCACCAGCACCAACAAGCCCAGGGUUACUCACAGCAUCAACGAUCUCAUUCCUUCGGGCCACAGCGCAGUGGGUACACGCCAAACUACCAAGGUCAAAACCGUGGCUAUCAACACGGACAGGGUUACAGACAACAGAAUUACCAGGGUAACAAUUACCAAGGCAACAGUUACCAGGGCAACAGUCACCAUGGUAACCAAGGUAGUCAGGGUUACUCUAGUAACCAGGGUUACAGCUCGCAGGGUUAUCAAUCAAAUGGAAGAGGUUAUAGUCAAGGACAGGGUGGACAGAAGUAUUCCAGAGGGCCGAACUCUGAGCGUCGGCCUACAGGACACAAUAGCCGGCAAGGACAAGGAUCAACAUGGCGUUGAAAUACGAAGUAACUAAUCAACUUAAUGUAAAUAAAGGGACAAAUCAUUUUUCAUACAAAUAAAGAAACAUAGAUGUAGGUUUUUAAAUACCAUUUUGGUAUUCACAAAUUUUGUUUCAACAUUUACUGCUUGUUUGCACUUAGCCGCGCGUCUGUCGUUUAACAGUCGCAGUGGAAAUGGAAUUUAUUAUUUCAAAUAACGUCCGCGCGUGAACAAACAGUUUUUGUAUAAGUUUGUAUAUAUGAAUAUGUAUUUGUUUCUAAAUGAAAAGAUUAGAAUUAUUUGGUGAAUUAGAUUAAGUUUUUAAUUCAUUUAAUUUCACGUUUUUUUUUAUAUUUUUUUAGCAAUAUUUUACUUACAACUUUCACACAAACCUAAAUUAAACAUCCAAGGCAGUUGAAAAUAUGUUUUAAAUGAAUCGCCUUACUCGGUCUUCAAUGGCCACUAAGGGAGACCCUUAGUGUAGUACAAACCUACACUAAGAAGCCAUUUAAGUACCUUUAACGACUAAAAACGAUAGUAUAUCAGUAAUGUAGGAUUGAAAUUUACGAAAUUAAAUUUUUUAAACAGAUUUUAUUAUUUUAAAUGUAUUUCUUCAAUUAACCGUGGGUUUCUGAGAACAAA